GCCAGCUCAUCAGUCUGUUGCCGGAAGCAGGCGGCGGAGAUCCGCCGGAAGUUGAGGUUCAGAGCUUAGCUUCCGGAAGUUGAAGAUAUUCUCCCGGAGCGCCGUCUGAGAGGCGGCUGGUCCUUGGGACAUGGACGCGGUGGAUCGUGGUGCUGCGGGACCGAGCCCGGUGGAGCCCGUGGCACAGCUGCGUAGGCUCAUCGGGGCACUGCGCGCCUUACUGCCGCGGGUGCGGGAUGGCGAGGCUCGGGAAACCACAGAGGCAUUCGAUGCGCACAGAUUUUGGGACAAGCUCGGGCAGAGGGCCCUGGCAGUGUCUCAAGAAGCAACGAAGCUGAGCCUGGCCUUCGCGAGACCUCCCCUGCCUUCCUCAGAGGACUGCAGGAAACUCUGUGAAAGUAUCCAGAAUGCUGUCUUGGCAGAGGUUUCUGCAUACUAUUGGCUUCCUAAAGACCAAGGAAUCACAUUACGAAAAAUGGUUCGAGAUACUAUUGUGGACGUAGUGGAAGGAAUGGCUCAGCUUGCAGAGGUGAUUGUUAGAGCUCGACCUCAAUGCAUAUCACAUGAGUAUCUCAUAUCAACUGGCAGUAUCUGGGAAACUUGUGACCAGGUGUCUCACCUACCAAAAGAUAACAAAGCAGCAGCCCUUUUGAUGCUGGCUUCAUAUCUGAGAGUAGUGAAGGAUGCACUUGAGGAAAUGGAGCAGGCACAGGGAGACAGUGGAGACCCUUAUAGUGACAUCUUGGAAGAUGAUGAAUUGGGAUCUCGGGGUAAUCGGGACACAUAUUGGUCAGAAGAGGACCAGCAGCUCUUAGCCCCAUGUGUGGGACUGAUGAAGGCCUCAAAAGCUUGCCUCAAGAAGGUCAGGUCAUCAGUGGAAACCCACGGAAAGACAGUUGUUGCAGAUCAGAUCGCUCAACUAGAUGACAUUGUAGACAUUUCCAAUGAGAUUAGCCCUAGUUGUAUCUUACUGGAAACUAUGUCAGGAUUCUCAUGUCUGGAGGGAAUAGAGGCAGGAGAUGAAAGGAAGAGACCUGAAUAUCUAAGCCCGAUUUGUUAUUUACUUGUGGAUGAAUUGGCUCUGAGCAUGUAUCCACCCUUGAAUCGGAUGGCUGUGCGACUCAAUGCUGCAAAACUUGCAUCUGUAUUGAAGAAGGUUCUUGAAAUCACAAAGGCAAGUCAUGUUUGUCCCCAUGAAGAAGAAAACUGGAUCCAAUUUCUCUCAAGUGCCAUUGAUCACAACAUGAACAAAAUCAAGAACCUUACCCAGGGUGAACUUUGAGCCUUCUUCCUCUUCCCCUCAUGGUGCCACAACUAGGCUCUGAUGUCAGCUGUUAUAAUGGAGUCAGCAAGCUUCCUGGUCAAGAUUGCUGUAGACUGCACUUAAAAAGGAAGGCUUUGUCCAAAAAAGUCCAUAGAGUAACCAAGACUGUGAAAUGUGUACAAACCAUGUGAGCAUGAUGCUUUUCAUGGGCAAAAAUGAAAGAGGAUUUUAUGACCUCUUAUUUAUGCUACUUGAAUUCCUGGAGAGCUUAGUCCUGUAUUUUCUUUAUUUACAAUAAAUUGUCUCUCCCCCCCA